UUGAGCACGUGCUUUUAUGUUGACUAAAUGAGGUUAUAACGCUCAAAAUAAUUGUUUCCCAAUCUUUUAAUCGGUUUUUGUUGAUUGUAACGAGUAGUACCAGUGUUGUAGAAACUAUGUCGAAAACGAAAGAAAAUAGCUUCAGCGGAUGGAAGCCACUGAAAUUAGACGGUUCUGUAUUUACGGGUGGUAUGGAUGGUUUAAUUGGCAUAGAGGAAUUAACUGAUUAUAAAUUGGAAAGAACAGAUAGUAAAACGAAAAUUUCGAUUUGCGAGGAGAAAAGUAAUAAAGGAAAAGAUAAGGCGUCAUCAAAGCGUAAAAAUUUAAAUAAAUGGCAAGAAGAUAGUAUCGAUAAUGACGAGCCUGUAUUAAAAAAAGUAAAGAUUAAAAAACGUAAGAAAAGCAAUAAGAAAAUAAUAACAAAUCAGUCUGUGAAAGAUGAUUUGGAUAUUAAUUCUAAUGAUGAUUGUAAUCAAAGUACUGAUGAUGAAAGUAAUAUGUAUGAUACUGAUGUCCAAGUGUGGAGUAAUCUAGGUGUACCUACAAUUAUAAUAAAAGCAUUAAGAGAUCAACAAUUUCAUUCACCUACUACUAUACAAUCAUUGACCCUACCAUCAGCAAUAUUAGGUCACAGAGAUAUAUUGGGUGCUGCUGAAACAGGUAGUGGGAAGACAUUAGCUUUUGGGAUUCCAAUUAUAAAUGGCAUUUUGGAAUUGAAAAGCAAAGAGUCUAAUAAAUCAAAUCCAAAGUCUAUCAACUCUAAGAACAAAGGUUGGAUUUGUACAGAAAGUAAAACUGUAGAAAACAGUCACAGUUCAUCUGAAUCUGAUUAUGAGGGGGAUGAUAUUAAUGAAAGUAUAGGUUGCAUACGUGUAAUCAAUAAUAUAGAAAUUGAUAAACCAAAAAAUUAUUUACAAAAGCCACUAUAUGCAUUAAUCUUAACACCAACUCGCGAAUUAGCUGUUCAAAUAAAAAAUCACCUGACUAAAGUAGCAAAAUAUACUGAUAUUAAAAUAGCAGUAGUGUUGGGUGGGAUGGCUGCAGUUAAACAGGAAAGAAUAUUAAAUAAAGGUCCUGAAAUUGUAAUUGCUACACCUGGUAGAUUAUGGGAAUUAAUACAGCAAGGUAAUCCACACCUUAAUCAAGUGGAUUCGAUUAAGUAUUUAGCUAUUGACGAAACUGAUAGAAUGUUGGAAAAGGGGCAUUUCCAAGAAUUACAACAAUUACUAGAAAAAAUAAAUAUGCAUAAAAACAAGUUAGAGAAACGACAGACGUUUGUAUUUUCCGCUACAUUAACCAUGGUGCACGAUAUUCCAGAGUAUUUGCAAAGGAAAAAAAAUAAGCACCAUAAAAGCAAGAUAUCCAAGCUUACAGCUAGUCAGAAAUUGCAAAAAAUAAUAGAAUUAGUAGGAAUAAAAAAUCCAAAAAUUGUUGACAUCACGAAAGAAUCAGGUACUGCUAGUAAUUUAACGGAAUGUAGAAUAGUGUGCACAAUAGAUCAUAAAGAUUAUUAUCUUUACUAUUUUCUGAAAAGGCAUAUCGGUAGAACAUUGGUAUUCUGUAAUAGUAUUGGCUGUGUAAAACGCCUGGCUACUCUUUUUGGGAUUCUUGACUGCAAACCUUUACCUUUGCACGCCAGUAUGCAACAACGACAACGAUUAAAAAAUCUUGAAAGAUUCCAGGCAGAUAAGGAUGGAUUAUUAAUAGCUACGGAUGUAGCUGCAAGGGGUUUGGAUAUUCCGAAUGUCGAGCAUGUGAUACAUUAUCAAGUUCCCAGAACAAGUGAAAGUUAUGUACAUAGAAGUGGAAGGACUGCAAGAGCACAGAAAGAAGGAAUAACAGUUCUCAUGAUGGACCCAUCUGAGAAACAAAAUUACACAAAAUUGUGUAAAACGCUUGAUCGUACGGAAGAUUUACCUACGUUUCCUGUAGUAGAUAGGCUGCUAAUUGCAGUCAAAGAAAGAGUCGAUAUAGCUCGAGAAAUUGAUAAAUUAGAAUUAAAAUGUCGCCGAGAUAAUUCACAAAAGGGUUGGUUACGUAAAGCAGUCGAGGAUAUGGAUUUGGUCUUAGAGGAAGAUGAAGAAGAACUGGAAUUAGAAGUGAAAGAAGUGGCAGAUUUAAAACACCGAUUGAAAGUGAAAAAGCGCCAGUUAGAGUCUCUUAUAUCGAAACCACUAUUUCCAAAAGGAUUUUCUGGAAAAUAUCUCGAUACUAAUAUUGAAUGUAAGUUAAACGAAGAAAACCAGAAAGCUGUUGACGUUAUGAAACACGUUAUCGAAGAAAUUCCAAAGAAACGGAAGGAGGAAAAUAAGAAAUCUAGGUAUAGGAAAACCAUUCUCAAAAAGAAAAAAUCAAAAAAAUCGAAAAUAAAAAAAGCAUCGUAA